CGGAGACCCGGCAGAGGCUGCUGCGCACCGUCAAGAAGGAGGUGAAGCAGAUCAUGGAAGAGGCCGUCACACGGAAGUUUAUCCACGAAGACAGCAGCCACAUCAUCUCCUUCUGUGCGGCCGUGGAGGCCUGCGUCCUGCACGGGCUGCGGCGGCGGGCGGCCGGCUUCCUGCGCAGCAACAAGAUCGCGGCUCUCUUCAUGAAGGUGGGCAGGAGCUUCCCGCCGGCCGAGGAGCUGAGCCGCAAGGUCCAGGACCUGGAGCAGCUGAUCGAGAGCGCGCGAAACCAGAUCCAGGGCCUCCAGGAGAAUGUGCGGAAGCUUCCAAAGCUGCCCAGCCUGUCCCCGCUCGCCAUCAAGCACCUGUGGAUCCGCACAGCCUUGUUUGAGAAGGUCCUGGACAAAAUCGUGCAUUACCUGGUGGAAAACAGCAGUAAAUACUAUGAGAAGGAAGCUCUGCUGAUGGACCCUGUGGACGGCCCCAUCCUUGCAUCAUUGUUGGUGGGGCCCUGUGCCCUGGAGUACACCAAGAUGAAGACCGCGGAUCACUUCUGGACUGACCCCUCGGCCGACGAGCUUGUCCAGAGGCACCGCAUCCACAGCUCGCACCUGCGGCAGGACUCGCCCACCAAGCGGCCAGCCCUCUGUAUCCAGAAGAGGCAUUCGAGUGGCAGCAUGGAUGACCGGCCGUCCCUCUCUGCACGCGACUAUGUGGAGUCCCUGCACCAGAACUCCCGGGCGACCCUGCUCUAUGGCAAGAACAACGUUCUGGUUCAGCCGAGGGAUGACAUGGAAGCUGUGCCGGGGUACCUGUCCCUGCACCAGACGGCGGACGUCAUGACCUUGAAGUGGACGCCCAACCAGCUGAUGAACGGGUCUGUGGGAGACCUGGACUAUGAGAAGAGCGUGUACUGGGACUACGCCAUGACCAUCCGCCUGGAGGAGAUCGUCUACCUACACUGCCACCAGCAAGUGGACAGCGGCGGGACGGUGGUGUUGGUCAGCCAGGACGGGAUCCAGAGGCCGCCCUUCCGCUUCCCCAAGGGAGGCCACCUCCUGCAGUUCCUGUCGUGCCUGGAGAAUGGGCUGCUCCCUCACGGGCAGCUGGACCCGCCGCUCUGGUCCCAGCGGGGGAAGGGCAAAGUAUUUCCCAGACUGCGCAAGCGAAGCCCGCAGGGGUCCGCUGAGUCCACGUCUUCAGACAAGGAGGAUGAUGAGGCCACGGAUUACGUGUUCAGGAUCAUCUACCCCAGCACGCAGUCGGAAUUCGUCCCCCAGGACCUGAUGGAUGUCUCCGUGAGCAACCUGCCAUCUCUAUGGCAACCCAGCCCCCGGAAAUCCUCCUGCUCAUCCUGUUCACAGAGCGGCUCAGGCGAUGGUGGCUCAACCAACGGCUGCAACCAUGAGAGGGCCCCCCUGAAGCUGCUCUGUGACAAUAUGAAGUACCAGAUCCUCUCCAGAGCCUUCUAUGGAUGGCUUGCCUACUGCAGACACCUCUCCACCGUGAGGACCCACCUGUCUGCCCUGGUCAAUCACAUGAUCGUGUCUCCAGACGUGCCCUGCGAUGCUGGACACGGGCUGACGGCCGGGAUCUGGGAGCAGUACCUUCAGGACAGCACGAGUUACGAGGAGCAGGAGUUGCUGCGCCUCAUCUACUACGGGGGCAUCCAGCCUGAGAUCCGCAAGGCCGUGUGGCCCUUCCUCCUGGGCCACUACCAGUUCGGGAUGACAGAAACAGAAAGGAAGGAGGUGGACGAGCAGAUUCACGCCUGCUACGCACAGACCAUGGCCGAGUGGCUGGGCUGCGAGGCGAUCGUGCGGCAGAGGGAGAGGGAGUCGCAUGCGGCGGCCCUGGCCAAAUGCUCGUCGGGGGCCAGCCUGGACAGCCACCUGCACCGCAUGAUGCACCGGGACUCCACCAUCAGCAAUGAGUCCUCCCAGAGCUGCAGUUCGGGCCGCCAGAACAUCCGCCUGCAGAGCGACUCCAGCAGCGGCACACAGGUGUUUGAGUCUGUGGACGAGGUGGAGCAGGUGGAGGCAGAAGGCAGGUUGGAGGAGAAACAGCCCAAGAUCCCCAAUGGGAACCUGGUGAAUGGCACCUGUUCCCCCGACUCCGGCCAUCCUUCCUCCCACAACUUCUCCUCGGGCCUCUCAGAGCACUCGGAGCCCAGCCUGAGCACGGAAGACAGUGUCAUGGAUGCCCAGCGAAGCGCCCCCCUAAUGGUUCGACCGAGGGACAGCAGCGUGGAUGACGGGCAGAGCAGCGAGGCCACCACUUCCCGGGACGAGGCCCACCGCGAGGAGCUGGCCGUGCAGGACAGCCUGGAGAGCGACCUGCUCGCCAACGAGAGCAUGGACGAGUUCAUGUCCGUCACUGGCAGCAUGGACGUGGCCCUGCCUGAAAAGGAGGGCGCCGCCAUGGAGGGCUGGGCGGGCAGCGAGGUGGAGAAGCGUAGCCAGGUGGAUGGUGAAGACGACCUCUCAGAGGAGCCUGAGAUGGAGAGCCUCUUCCCUGCCCUGGCUUCUCUGGCCGUGACCACUUCUGCCAACAACGAAGCAUCCCCCGUGUCUUCUAGCGGCGUCACUUACUCCCCGGAGCUGCUGGACCUGUACACGGUGAACCUGCACCGCAUCGAGAAGGACGUGCAGAGGUGCGAUCGCAACUACUGGUACUUCACGCCCGCCAACCUGGAGAAGCUGCGCAACGUCAUGUGCAGCUACAUCUGGCAACACAUUGAGAUCGGCUAUGUCCAGGGCAUGUGUGACCUCCUGGCUCCACUGCUGGUCAUUCUGGAUGAUGAGGCCCUUGCCUUCAGCUGCUUCACGGAGCUCAUGAAGAGGAUGAACCAGAACUUCCCCCACGGAGGCGCCAUGGACACGCACUUUGCCAACAUGAGGUCACUCAUCCAGAUCCUGGACUCGGAGCUCUUUGAGCUGAUGCAUCAGAACGGGGACUACACGCACUUCUACUUCUGCUACCGCUGGUUCCUGCUGGAUUUCAAGCGAGAACUCAUCUAUGAUGACGUCUUCUCCGUCUGGGAGACCAUCUGGGCAGCCAAGCACGUCUCGUCCGCCCACUACGUCCUGUUCAUCGCGCUGGCUCUGGUGGAGGUCUACCGUGACAUCAUCCUGGAGAACAACAUGGAUUUCACAGACAUCAUCAAAUUCUUUAAUGAAAUGGCCGAGCGACACAACACCAAGCAGAUCCUGAAGCUGGCCCGGGACCUGGUGUGCAAGGUGCAGACUCUAAUUGAGAACAAGUGAGGGCCACCUCACCAGGCAGCGUCAGCCGAGCGCCGCCCACCUGUCCUGCCCGCUUUGCCCCCCGGCCGCCCCGGGAGCGAGCUCCUGGCGUUUGUUCCUGAGCGUGGACUUCUGUGCAAAAGGAAACUGCCCCGACUUUGGCCGCCAGGCAGGUGGGGUCGAGGGGUUGCCCCUUCAGUUCAGCCUUAUGUUUUCCUGUUUGACCAAAGAUCGCCCAAGUCUGGAUCCCUCCCUUGUGGGAGUUGGGGGUUGUUGGUGGACAGAGGAAACAUCUUCGUUCGUGGCUUCCGGAAUGGUCUCCUCUCUCUUCUUCUCUCCCCCAUCCCUCCACACUGUCCCGUCAGGUGAGACUUCGGGAGGGAAUUUUUUUGGAAAUUGGUGUAGGAGAGGUCUGUGGGGCUACCUCUGUCCACUGAAAGGGGCCUUCGGAGAUGUUCCAGAACAUGGCUGGAAGAUUGGCUGGGAGCAGGGUUUCUGCCCCUCAGCACUAUUGACAUGUGGGUUGGGUAACUCUUUUUUUGAGAGAGGCUGUCCUGUGCGUUGCAGGAUGUUGAACAGCAUCCCUGGCCUCGACCACUAGAUGCCAGCACAUCCCCCACCCGAGUCUUGACAACUCAAAAUGUCUCC